CCGAGAGAUGACUUUAGCUUUUUAUCGUUUUUGAAACUUCAGUGCACUAUAAUUAAUUAAUCCAUAAAAUCUGUGCAUCACCGAAACCCUAACGAAAAUGGCGUCGUCGUUGGGUUCUCUGAAAUCAGCCAUUUUCGAUCGCCAAGCUAGAAGACAGCAAUAUCAAUCUCAUAUACUAGGCCUCAAUGCUUACGAUCGCCACAAAAAAUUCAUCAGUGAUUAUGUUGACUUUUAUGGGAAAAAUGUGUCAGCAGAAGAAAAGCUGCCUGUUAAAACUGAUAAAGAUACUCUUAGAGAAGGUUAUCGAUUUAUAAGAUCUGAGGAAGAUGACCUGGAUCCCUCCUGGGAGCAGAGACUAGUGAAGCGCUACUAUAAUAAGCUUUUUAAAGAAUACUGUAUAGCUGAUAUGUCACAAUACAGGACAGGCAAGAUUGGCCUCAGAUGGAGAACAGAAAAAGAAGUAAUAUCUGGAAAAGGGCAGUUUGUAUGUGGUAAUAAACAUUGUGAUGAAAAAGAUGGUCUUGCAAGCUAUGAGGUUAACUUUUCUUAUUUUGAGGCCGGGGAGAGCAAACAAGCCCUUGUGAAACUAGUAACUUGUGAGAGGUGUGCAAAGAAGCUGAAUUACAAAAAGCAGAAAGAGAAAGAGAAAUUAAAACGAAAUGAGAAAGAGGUGCUGCAAAGGAAAAGGGAAAGGUCAGAAAGCGAUGAUGAUAUACCUACCGAUUACAAGGGGAACAAAGACAGGAAGAAAGUCAUGAAGACCUCCACUUCCUUAGAUGACCAGAAGGCUGAUGAAACUGAAAACUUUGAUGAAUUUCUCGAGGGAAUGUUUCUUUAAGUCAACCAUGACAGCUGCAGUAUGCUAUCUGACUUGAGAUGAUCAUAUCCUCUGGUAGUGUGAAUCAGUGUGUAGUUAUUACUGGAAUAUUUAGAAACUCCUAAUGCUUAAAUUCUGCAGUGUAAAAACUUUCGUUCUCGCAUAAUAUGUAUUGGACUAUAGUAACUAUAAAAUUCAAGGUAUUUUUUUUUUAA